AUGUGACAUUAGUCACGUGAAGUUAUUUUCGUAACUCUAACAUCUGAUAUUGUUGAACGUUUUCUUCCGUUUUUGGAUAAAAUAAAUUGUAAUCGUAGGAGAAUAGUUGAACAUGGGCUGUUGUGGACCAAAGCUCUCCGUUUGUGGAUUGAUAUUAGGCGUUUGGGGAACAAUUAUGCUGACUUUGAUGGGUAUAUUCUUCCAAGUUCAGAGCCCCGCUCUAGUUGAAGAUCUUCCAAUAAAUGAGGAUUUAUUCGACAAUGCUAAAUCUGAUGGUGAACGAGCAAAACAUUUAGACGGAUUAUAUCAACAAGCAUCGUACAACUGCUUUAUAUCAGCUGGAAUGUAUCUUGGUGUCUUAGUCUUUUCAUUUAUAAUGUUUAAAUUAAACGAAAGAAAAUCAGGAUAUUCUUCAGCAUAA